AUGAGUCGGAGUCUGCAGCGCGCGUACUACUCACAGCAUCUAGACGAGGAUUCGACUUUGGAUAGGACCCCCCUCCGUUUCAAAAAUACCCCAGUGCCGCCAAACUAUAUGUACAUCGCCCCCCCUCCCCAAAUAUCCAAACGCACAAACCCUCAACAUCAACAUAUCCUCAGAAACAAAAAGCAACCCCAAGAUUUACGCCGCGCAUACCUCCAUCUAUGCCAGAAGCUACAAACCAAGCUUCCCCGCGAACUCCGAGACCGGAUUUACAAACACUACUUCAAUGAUCGCACUAGCGUCGAUUAUAGUGAAGAAUACUAUGCCCACGCCUACGGUGUCCUCACCAAGUACAAAGAAAACGUCCAAAUCAACCCCCCCCCCCCUACCACAUCCACAGCGAAAGAAGCCUCGGAAUACUACCUCGCCACCGAGACCUACUUCGUCCGGGACACCCCGUCCCUCAUCAGAGAUCUCAAAACAGAUUAUUUCAACCUCGGUCUCACCCUCUGCAACCAUGUGCGCAACUUACGCAUCACCCUCUGCUUCGACGACUUGGCUCCCAUGACGCCCGCCGAAUUUGGCGAAGACGACGACAACUCCGCCUCCGAUGACGACACUUCGUCUGAAAAAGGUGUCUUGUGUGUACUCCACAAGCGCCUCACGCGAGCGUUCUCUUUGAUCCCUGCAUCAUCGGCACCAUUCACUCUUAUCCUCAACUUUGCCCCCGAGGGUUACAUUCACUACCCUUCCUUCAAGAAGCCCAACACCAAGGAGAAAAUCGGCGCGCUAAACAUCGAGCGUAGAAUGCUAAACGUACUAGAAACCAUACGCAUGCCCGUGUACGAUUUCAUACACGCAGGCGAGAACCGCCGGGUUAAACCCGUGUGGGAAGAUAGUGCUUGGAAUCAAGAGCAUGCUGAGAAACAAGAAACCCUAAAAUCAUGGCGCACCCGCUUCCGCAACAAACCAUACAAACCAAGCCUGCACUACACUGAGCGAAAUUCAAUCAUGAAACUCUAUCCCAAACGGUACAACGAUGAUUUCGCUAGACCGUUGCCGGAGAAGAGGAAGAGGUGGGGGUACGAGUCGUUUUAUGAUUUGUUGGGAGAUCCAGAGCAGGAUGAGUAUAGUGAUGAAGAUGAAGAUGAAGAUGAUGAAGAAGAGGAUGAUUACGAGUCUGAAUAA